GGGCGGCGGAGCGGAGCCAUGUCGGCGGCGCUGCGGGGCGGCGGCGGGGCCCCGCGGGGCAGGGCCGGCGAGAAGCAGUGCUCAUGGGCUUCCUACAUGACCAACUCCCCGACGCUGAUCGUGAUGAUCGGGCUGCCUGCCAGGGGCAAGACCUACAUGUCCAAAAAGCUCACCCGCUACCUCAACUGGAUCGGGGUGCCCACCAGAGUGUUUAAUUUAGGGGUGUAUCGGCGUGAGGCAGUGAAGUCCUACAAGUCCUACGACUUCUUCAGGCACGACAACAAAGAGGCCAUGGAAAUCCGCAAACGCUGUGCCCUGGUGGCUCUGGAAGAUGUGAAGUCUUAUCUCUUGGAGGAGUGUGGGCAAAUAGCUGUGUUCGAUGCGACCAACACGACUCGGGAGCGCCGGGACCUGAUCUUGAACUUUGCUAAGGAAAAUGCUUUCAAGGUGUUUUUCGUGGAGUCUGUCUGUGAUGAUCCAGAGGUCAUCGCUGCCAACAUCCUGGAGGUGAAAGUUUCCAGCCCUGACUACCCAGAGAGGCACAGGGAGAAUGUGAUGGACGAUUUCCUGAAGAGGAUUGAGUGCUACAAGGUCACCUACCAGCCCCUGGACCCGGAUGCUUAUGACAAAGAUCUCUCCUUCAUUAAAGUGAUCAACGUGGGCCAGAGGUUCCUGGUGAACCGAGUGCAGGAUUACAUCCAGAGCAAAAUUGUCUAUUACCUGAUGAACAUCCACGUGCAGCCGCGCACCAUCUACCUGUGCCGCCACGGCGAGAGCGAGUACAACCUCCUGGGCAGGAUUGGAGGGGACUCUGGGCUGUCACCCCGGGGCAAGCAGUUUUCCCAUGCUCUGAAGAAGUUCAUUGAGGAGCAGGAGAUCGUGGACCUGAAGGUGUGGACGAGCCAGCUGAAGAGGACAAUCCAGACAGCAGAGUGCCUGGGGGUGCUCUAUGAGCAGUGGAAGAUCCUCAACGAGAUUGAUGCUGGGGUCUGUGAAGAAAUGACCUAUGCAGAAAUUGAAGCCAAGUAUCCAGAGGAGUUUGCCAUGAGGGAUCAGGAGAAAUAUCUUUAUCGUUACCCUGGAGGGGAGUCCUACCAGGACUUGGUGCAGCGCCUGGAGCCAGUAAUUAUGGAGCUGGAAAGGCAAGGAAAUGUCCUGGUUAUCUCCCACCAGGCAGUUAUGAGGUGCCUCCUGGCUUAUUUUCUUGACAAGAGUGCAGAUGAGCUGCCCUACCUGCGCUGCCCCCUCCACACCAUUUUCAAGCUCACACCUGUUGCCUAUGGCUGCAAAGUGGAGACAAUUUCCAUGGGUGUGGAGGCAGUGAACACCCACCGGGAAAAGCCCUCCCUGAACUCACACGACCUCCCCAGCAGGCAGAGCCCUGUGAGGAUGAGGAGGAACAGCUUUACCCCGCGGGCCAGCGCCGACACCGUAAAGCGCCCGCGGCACCACAGCCUGGGCAGCAAACCCCUCCACCUGCUGGGGCCUCUCCCAUCCCUGGAUGCUCGAGGGCCUCUCCCAUCCCUGGAAGCUGGAGAAGGGGCUGAGCAGCCACAGCUGGAAGUCUCUGUCCAGCCUCCAGAGGGAAAUGCUUGCCUCUGAGCACCACUGCAAGCAGCUUGGGUGUGCUCUCUUUGGGAAAAUGGCCACUUUGGGCGUGUAGGAGUUCCUGCUUUCCCCUUGGAUCCAGCUGGGAAUUCCAGCACCAGGAGGAGCCGGGGCUGGAGCAUCCCUGGGGCACCGUGAGCCACCCUGGCCAGCACUUGCCUUGAACUGUGAUUCUAGAGCCUGUCUGUGUCUUUUUUUCUUUCCAAAUGCUGCAGUGUCUGUCCAUGGGGCUGGAGAUGAUUUCCUGUGGAGAUUUUUCCAAGCUGCUUUUAGUGCUCCCAAGCCAGCGCAUCCCCGGGUGUUGAAAUCGUGUCCCACGCCUUUCCUCCUGGCCAGGAGCCCAAAUUAACCACAGUGGGAGGACAAAAUAAUCAUGUUUUCACUCGCUGAGGCAGCUUUUCUUUGGAAAAGGCAUUUCCAGGCCAAAUCCCCCGGGUUUUAUUUCUCCAUUUCCAAGUUAUUUCCAAGUUCAAACUCAGUUUUUUUUUCUGGUUUUCAGCCAUCCAGGGAGCUCCUGGUAGGGUUUGACUUUCCCUCCUUGAGUGCUGCUGUGAAUCCCCCAAUCUGAGCCAGUUCCUUUUGGCUUGGAUGUUUGUUCCAGGCUUUUUCUUGGAUCUGACACCCAGAAAUCCAUCCCAUGGACUGCCUCCUGUGAGGGACAGAUGGGAAUGAACCCUCCUGCCCCUCUCUGGGAUCAGCACAGCUCCCAGUGCUUUAAAUCCCACCUCAACCCCUAUUUUAGCUUCUCCUCCCUACCAAAACUCCAUCCUCUCACUCAUUUUUCCUGCAUUUUUGGGGUGUUUUUAUCCAUUUACCCCCAAAAAUGGGAGCGUGGCUGGGACCAGCAGGGCUCCUGGGCAGGGUUUGCAGGAAGCACAAGGGUUUUUACCAGUUUUCUUUAUUUUACACCAAAUUUGUAGGCCCAACAACAAGCUUUUAACUUGCCUCUGAAUAAGCUGUGAAUGUUCCCAAUGCUGCCUUUCAUAGUUUUAAGCUGUUGUAGAGUUUGCAGCUCUGUGUGGCCGUGUCUUAACUUAAAUCCUUCCCUUAAAUCCCCACCAAACCCCAAUUUUCAGUUCUCUCCCACAAGUCUUGACUUGCAUUUUGCCAAACUCCAUUUUACCCCACUCCAGCUGUUCUUGCAAUAAGGGCAGGACCCUCAGGUUGGGUGAAAAAAGGAACAUUUGGGUCCAGAACAAAAAGCUGUUCUGGACCUGCUGUUCCCAAAUGACUCCAGGAUUUAUCUGAGCAAUUCUGGGCCCCAGAAGUUGCUUAUUUUAAAUGUGUAAAUAAAUGUUGGAUAUACCCACAGCAGGGAAAAUAUGCCCUGGUUGUGGAGGAGCUCAGCAACCCCAGAGCUUGAGGCUUAACCUGGGCAUUUUGAGCUCAAACUUGGUUGUUUUAAACACUCCCAGAGUUGUAAUUUGAUAAAACUGAGAUAGAGAGGACCAAGGCACAAAUCUGGACCCCUCAGGAUUUCUGAGGAGUGGAAAAAUGUGUUGAUCUAAAGCAGUUGUGCCACAAAAGGGUGAAAUUUGCUGGUGAAAAAUUGAGUUUCUAUUUGUUUUUCUCCUCAGGGUUUUUCCCCCCCCAGGUCUGGUUUUGGAUUUUAAAUGUUUUUAUGUUUAGAAAUAAACCAGAAAAAAUAAAAAAAAAGUUGAAGGAAGAGAUUUAGAGCCUGUCCAUGGCAGUCCUGACUGUCACACUCCAAAGUGCUCUGAACGCACAAACCCGUCCUUGUCAGGCUGGCUGCUCUGACCAAACCCCUCCUGCUCUGGAAAAAGGAGUGGAAAAUGUACUGUAGGAUGUUUACACACAAAAAUGCUGGGAUAACUUGCUGAAGAGUUCAAGAUGUUCAUAUCACUGAGCAGUAAAUGAUUGUAAGGAGACAAAAAAAAAAAAAAAUCUAUAUUUUUACCUGCUGGGAUUUGUGAAUGUCGCUGUUGAUUUGUUGUUGGUGGUCGUGACUUUUGUUUUUUAAUCACUGCUGAAAAUCUGGUGUUUUGCAGUUUGGCUCCUUUUGGGGGCUGUGGGGUGGAAUUCCAUCUUUCUCUGCAGUGUUUGUGCCUCAGUGCUUUAAUUAAAGCUUUUUCCUCCUGCAUUUUUAGCCUUGAGAAAUGGUUUAAAGCAAACAUACCUGGAGCAGAGCAGCAAAUCUGGGAGCAGAUCAUUGCCCUGAGGGGCUGCAGGGCUGGGGUGAUGCCAGUGGGCACCUCCUGGCAGCUCCCUGUGCCAGGGAUUUCCUUGAAACCACCUGAUUUCCCUUGGCACUGGGCCUGCAAACACCCCAGAACAAACAGGCCUUGCACAACGAGGGUUUUUAGAGAUGUUUUUUGGUGGAACAGCUCGCGCUGUCAGUGGCGUCAGUGCCGCGGCCUGGUGGAUUUGGGGGUGUGAAUGUGAGCCUGGCACCUUCCUGAGCAUUUCCCCGGGACUUGGGGAGGGUUUUGUGAGCCCCUGAAUUUCUGUGCCUCUGUUUCAAGCAGCACAGGUGGAGCUGGCUGCUGUCACCUUCAGUGGGGCCUGCCUGCCCCUGUGUGUGUGUCACUGCAGAGAAAAAGGAGUACUUGGGCUAAAAGCUGCUCUUAAAUCUGGGAAAAACUGCAAAAUGGGGGAAAAGAGUUCAAGCCAGCCUGGCUGGCUGCUCUGUGUACACUGCUGUGACCUCAGAGCUGUCACCUGUGCCAGGUGUCCCCUUCCCAGCAGCUCGGGUGGGUGACACUGAAACCCAGCCCGUCCUGGCUGCCAAGGUAGUAGGAGAGCUGGGAAUGUUAUUGAGAUUAGGAUUAGUGGGAUUCCUAGCAAGGAUGGGCUUGAAAAUUGGUCAGAGGAGCUUCAGUUCAUGGUCAGGUUCAGGGGGUGGUGCUUGGAGCAAUGGGUGGUUUGUUAGAGGGGGGAUUUGUUGAUACCAAUGACAGAAGUUUGGGCCGGAUGAUUAAAGAGAAAGUGUGUCAUGAUAAAAAAUGAGAGGUUGGGGUUUAGCUGAGGCAUAUCAUUAAGGAGGCCCCUCUUUAUUUUAAAAGGCUACUGCUGGUUCAUAGCUCCUUAAUGAUUAGGGUGAUAUCAGAGAGGAUCAGCUCUCCAAACUGGCCAGGGGAGUGGGUUCUACUACCAUUGGUAUCACAGCUGAGGGAGGAGAGGCACCAGCACCAGCCUGGCCAGGGCCACCUGCCCUGGGGGUGUCCCCAAGGCUCACCCUGUGCCCCUCUGAGGGCGAGCAGUGCCAAUGCCACCCCUGCUGCUGUCCCCCUGCUGUCCCCCUGCUUCGUUUGCACUGCAGCUCUGCCUGCAUUGUUUGGCCAGAUGGAUCUCACCCAGCUGCUUGUGAACUUUCCUGUUCUGCUGCCUUCUCUAAGUGGUUUAUUUUUUUUUUUAGGUUUAAAAGCUGCAGUGUCUGUUCGUGCUGUGCGUUGUGUGCUCUGUGCACUUGAGCAUAAAUAUCUGUCAGUGUUUAUUUGCAAUAAAGAGACUUAAAAAAACA